AUGGGCUUUCUCCGUCGAAUUUUCGGCGCCAAAAAACCCUCAGACUCCAAACCCCCCAAGAAAAGAUGGGCCUUCCUCAAGCCUACAGCCCGGAACAAGUCACUCCCACCGCCACCGCCCCCUUCUGCCUUCAACGCCCACUUUGAUUCUUCCAAUCCUUUGGACGCCAACAAGCAUGCCAUCGCCGUCGCCGCCGCUACUGCCGCCGUCGCCGAGGCCGCCCUAGCCGCUGCGCACGCCGCAGCAGAGGUUGUCAGACUCACGAGCGGCGCCACCGCCGCCACAAGUACCAGCAACAGCACAAGACCGGCUGCCGCGGCGCGUGUUAGCCAACUGCGGUUGCCGGAGCAGACUGCCGCCGUUAAGAUACAAUCAGCGUUCCGUGGCUACCUGGCAAGGAGGGCAUUGAGAGCACUAAAAGCAUUGGUGAAGCUGCAAGCAUUGGUUAGGGGCCACAUUGUGAGAAAGCAAAGUGCUGAUAUGCUGAGGCGCAUGCAGACAUUGGUGAGACUUCAGGCCCAGGCACGUGCAAGCCGUGCGCACUUGUCAUAUAAUACGCCUUCUUUCAAGUCUUCCCUUUCUCACUACCCUGUCCCUGAACAACAUGAACACCCACCUCGUGUCCUGAAUACAAAAUUUGAUGGAUCUUCUAUCCUUAAGAGAUGUAGUUCCAAUGCCAACUUUAGGAACGUUGACUCAGAACGACCCCGGUUUGAUUCAAAUUGGUUAAACCGUUGGAUGGAAUUAGAUAACAAGUGCAGGCAAACUGGAGAUGCUUCAUUGAAAACUGGACGCCCAGACGAUGAUAAAAGUGACAAGAUUCUCGAAGUAGAUACUUGGAGGCCACACUUCAAGUCUCACCACAGUAGCAGCUCCUUUCAGACAGCACAUUAUUAUUUGAGUUCUGACUACAAUAAUGAUAACUUUAUGGCACAUGAGUCUCCAUCAAAACGUUCGGCAAAGACUGUAAACCAAAGUUUCUCAUCAAGGGAGGUGUUGCAGCUGAACUCUCUGAAGUUUCAGAAGGGGAAAGAAGAAGCGACUUCAAGAACUGCUGACAAUAGUCCACAAGCUUUUUCAGCCAAUUCUAGAAAUGGAAGUGGUGCAAGGAGGGGUCCCUUUACACCUACCGGGAGUGAGUACUCCUGGGGUUUCUUCAGUGGCUACUCGGGUCACCCCAAUUACAUGGCAAAUACUGAAUCUUUUCAAGCCAAGGUUAGAUCACAAAGUGCACCAAGACAAAGGCUGGAGUUUGACAGACACAGUUCCACUAGGAGACCUGUUCAUGUGGUGGGGCCUAAUUCAGACCAGGAUUCAGAUUUAAGAAACAAAGUCUUACCUGCUUCUAACACUGUCAACAGAAUUGGGAGUAGUAAUUUAAGGUGACUUUGAGUGUUUUAUAAGACAAUCUUCACUUUCUUCCAUAAAAUGAAGAGACAUAUUUCCUCUUGUUUGAGUUUUUUGUGUGUGGCAGCAGUCGAGAAUGUAAUUAUAUAUUUUACCUGUAUUCAUAUAGUCCAUACACCAUUAUUCUCUCGUUGUUGACGUCCAGUGUGUGGAUGUGUAAAUGAUGACUUGCUUUGACUGUUUGCUUAGUGGAGUGCAUGUUUUGAAUCAUAA